AUGUGCCCCAUUUGUUUGGAGGACUUUAACUUCGAUGGUGGGAAAAGCGGGGACAUGCAGAAGUUGGAGUGCAAGCACUGCUUUCAUGGGGCAUGCAUUGCAGAGUGGCUUCGUGACCAUGAGUCUUGCCCCUUGUGCCGCGCAGAGGUCGAUGUGCAGCUAACAGAGGCGGAUCAGAAGAAGCCCGAGCACUAUCAGAGGCGCUUGCGGUUCUACCUCUCAAGGUUGAGUUCACGUUAUCCGAGCACCUUUCGUUCCUCCCGCACGCCUUUCUACACCUCAAGCAAUGAUCACUACUUUGUGUACGUGCACAGUCCUGGAUGGACGGACUCCUUGUCGGGGCACUUCCACAGCAUCACCACGGCCUCCAGCCACAUGGCCUCUGUGGGCCCAGGCGGUGGUGGCGGUGGUGGUGGCUUCGGCGGGGGCGGCUUCGGCGGCGGUGGCGGCGCGGGCGGCGGAUGGUGA